AUGGACACCAAGAUUUCUUCCAACAUCAGGGUUAUUCGUCAUCUCAUUUCAAUCAAAGAUUUAGCUGAUGAUGAACUACGUUCGCUAGUUAGACGUGCAGCAUAUUUUAAAAGGAUAUUUAAAGCUAAUGAUCAGGAAGAAUUCCUGGAAAACCACAUGAAGUUAUUGGGAAGGACAGUAGGUUUACUAUUUUCAAAAAGAUCAACUAGAACCAGGAUUUCUAGCGAGGGUGCUGCGGCCUUUUUUGGUGCUCAUCCAAUGUUUUUGGGCAAAGACGAUAUUCAGUUGGGUGUUAAUGAAUCGCUUUACGAUAGUGUACAUGUAAUAUCCUCUAUGGUUUCUUGUAUUUUUGCCAGAGUCAAUAAUCAUUCAGAUAUCCGAGAACUAGCUAUUAACUCUAGUGUUCCAAUUAUCAAUUCUUUAUGCGAUAGGUUCCAUCCUUUACAGGCUAUAUGUGACAUGUUGACUAUCAAGGAGAAUUUCAAUUGCACUCAAAAUAAAAUAAAAAUAGCGUGGGUUGGUGAUGCUAAUAAUGUUAUAAACGAUAUGGCUAUCGCAGCAUUGAAACUCGGUAUGGAUGUUGCAGUUGCAACACCAGAAAGCAUUGAAAUGGACGAAGAGAUCGUGGCCAUUGCCAAAGAGACCAGUGCUCGAACGGGUGCUACAGUAUUAUUUACACAUUGUCCAAAAGAAGCUGUAAAAGACGCAAAUGUGGUUGUUACAGAUACCUUCGUAUCCAUGGGAGAGGAGUAUAUGUACCAAGCAAAGUUAAAACAAUUCAGCGGGUUUGCUGUCGACGCAGAACUAUGUAAGCACGCAGCGCCUGAUUUUAAGUUCAUGCACUGUCUACCUAGACAUAAGGAGGAAGUCACAGAUGAAAUCUUUUAUGGCGAGAAUUCCAUAGUGUUUCAGCAAGCAGAAAAUAGAUUGUAUGCAGCUAUCGCCGCUAUUGAUGUAUUUGUAAAUCGCAAGGGUAAUUUCGCUUUCGAGUGA